AUGGCCUCAGCAAGAACAGAGCACUACACUAUUGGCCUCCGCCGAGGAAACAGCUUUAAGCCGAGUGGGCCCUCAGGCACAGUGCCUACCCCGCCACCUGAGAAACCCUCUGAGGGCAAAGUCUGGGCUCAGGGUCAUCAGCAGGUGAAGCCAAUCUGGAAGGUGGAGAAGGAGCACGUGGAAACACUUUCAGCAGGGUUGGGCCCAGGCCUCUUGGUCCCAACGCAGCCCGCGUACUUCUUUUGCCCCAGCACUUUAUGUAGCUCCGGGAGCACGGCUGUCAUCGCAGGCCACAGCAACUCCUGUUACCUGCACUCCCUCCCAGACCUGUUCAGCAGCACCCUGCUCUACCGCCGCUCCAACUACGGCCACAGACCAUACCAGCAGCUGGAGUCUUUCUGCUUGCGUUCAAGCCCGUCAGAAAAAAGACCUGUUUCUCUCCCUCACAAGAGACUCCCUAUCAGACUCACUGCCAAUAAGGCCACUUCUUCCAAGGUCUCCCCCAUGGCAUCCUCAUCCACAGAACCAUACCUCUCACUGGGAGCGGCUGGGGAAAAUCCUUCAGGGAAGAGCCUGGCCUCUGCCAUCUCAGGGAAGACCCCGUCUCCACUCUCCUCUUCUUCCUCUUCCUACAAGCCCAUGCUAAAUAACAACUCCUUCAUGCGGCCAAAUAGCACUAAAGUGCCUUUAUUGCAGGCCACAGAAGGCCUGAAGCCAGUGUCCUCACCGAAGGUCCAGCUUGUCUCCUGGCAUCAUUCAGGGGGCACUGGAGACUGUGCACUCCAGCCUGUUGAGCACAAGGUGCCUGAGAGCAGUGGCACUGUCCUAGAUGAUGACCCUUCCCACAGCACCCUGUCUACCCCCAGUUCCUUAGACGCUUCCACCACCAGUGCUGCCUCUCCCCACUACAACUGGAGUAACUUAGCCACAGGGGCAGAGCCACAUCCCUGUGGCCUGGAUGGGGACUCUGUUUCCCAGAAUCUGACUAAGGAGGUUGGGUUCACUGAGGCUGUGAGGAAGUUGACUGCAAGAGGCUUUGAGGAGAAGCCAAGGCAAGGCUACCAUUUUGAACAGUCUUAUUUCAUGAACCCCAGCUUGCAGUGGGAUGUCCUCAACACGAACAGGUGGUGGAAACCAGCUGUGGUAGGCCAGAAGCUCCCUCAGGAGAAUGCUGGAGCAGACAGUAGGGUCCUCCCUGGAGCCUCGGACACCGUGGAGCUGGACAGUACAGUCUUCUGUACCAAACGCAUCAGCAUUCACCUCCUUGCCUCACACGCCAGUGGGCUCAGCUGCAGCCCUGCCUGUGGAUCUGCGAUCGACUCCCCACCUCUUGGAGAAGACAAAACUCCAGCUCUGCCUUCUCCCCCUCAGCCCCUUGGCGUGGCCGAGGUGGCCACCCGCCUCUCUUCCAUCCAUCUGAGCAAGCUUGGGAGGGAGGAGCCUAAGGAAGCCAGGAAGCUGGACUCACCUGCUAGGGAUAUUGGUUCAGCUACUGACCUCCAGCUAGACCAGGUUGAAGCUGAAGAUCUGGAAGAAGAGCUAAUAGAUGGUUUGGAAGACUGCUGCAACCAUGAUGAGAAUGAAGAGGAGGAGGGAGACUCAGAGUGCUCCUCAUGCAGUGCUGUUUCCCCCAGCGAGUCAGUAGCAGUGAUCUCUCGGAACUGUAUGGAGAUUCUGACCAAACCCCUUUCCAAUGAGAAAGUUGUCCGACCAGCCCUCAUCUACAGUCUCUUUCCCAACGUGCCCCCUACCAUCUAUUUUGGCACUCCGGAUGAGAGAGUGGAGAAACUUCCCUGGGAGCAGAGGAAGCUGCUCCGGUGGAAGAUGAGCACAGUGACCCCCAACAUUGUCAAGCAGACCAUUGGACGGUCCCACUUCAAAAUCAGCAAGAGGAAUGAUGACUGGCUGGGCUGCUGGGGUCACCACAUGAAGUCUCCUAGUUUCCGAUCCAUUCAGGAGCAUCAGAAGCUAAACCACUUCCCAGGUUCAUUCCAGAUUGGGCGAAAGGACCGACUGUGGCGGAACCUGUCCCGCAUGCAGAGCCGGUUUGGCAAGAAGGAGUUCAGUUUCUUCCCCCAGUCCUUCAUCCUGCCCCAGGAUGCCAAGCUUCUGCGCAAAGCCUGGGAGAGCAGCAGCCGCCAAAAGUGGAUUGUUAAACCACCAGCAUCUGCUCGAGGCAUUGGCAUCCAGGUCAUUCACAAGUGGAGUCAGCUCCCCAAGCGAAGACCCCUUCUGGUACAGAGGUAUCUCCACAAACCCUACCUCAUCAGCGGCAGCAAGUUCGAUCUGCGAAUCUAUGUUUACGUCACCUCCUAUGAUCCUCUACGGAUUUACCUCUUUUCAGAUGGACUCGUCCGCUUUGCCAGUUGCAAAUAUUCCCCUUCCAUGAAGAGCCUUGGCAACAAGUUCAUGCACCUGACCAACUACAGUGUCAAUAAAAAGAAUGCCGAGUACCAGGCUAAUGAAGAUGAAACGGCCUGCCAGGGCCACAAAUGGGCACUGAAGGCUUUAUGGAGCUACCUGAGCCAGAAGGGAGUCAACAGUGAUGCCAUCUGGGAGAAGAUAAAGGACGUUGUCGUCAAAACGAUCAUCUCGUCAGAACCCUAUGUGACCAGCCUGCUGAAGAUGUACGUGCGGCGGCCCUACAGCUGCCACGAGCUCUUCGGUUUCGACAUCAUGCUGGAUGAGAACCUCAAGCCCUGGGUCCUGGAAGUCAACAUCUCUCCAAGCCUCCACUCCAACUCUUCACUGGACAUCAGCAUCAAAGGCCAGAUGAUCCGUGACCUUCUGAAUCUGGCGGGCUUUGUUCUGCCCAGCGCAGAGGAUAUCGCUUCCAGCUCCAGCAGCUCCAGCAGCUCCACCACCAGCCUGCCCAGCUCCCCCAGGGGCAGAUGUCGAAUGGCCCCAGAGUACUUCACUGCACAGAAGAUGAAGAAAGCCUAUUACCUGACCCAGAAAAUUCCUGAUCAGGACUUCUAUUCAUCUGUGCUGGAUGUCCUGACGCCAGAUGAUGUUCGGGUUCUGGUUGAGAUGGAGGAUGAGUUUUCUCGCCGUGGUCAAUUUGAACGAAUUUUUCCUUCUCGAAUCUCUUCUCGCUAUCUCCGCUUUUUUGAGCAGCCACGAUAUUUCAACAUUCUCACCACCCAGUGGGAACAGAAGUACCAUGGCAACAAGCUCAAAGGAGUAGAUCUGCUUCGGAGUUGGUGCUACAAAGGGUUCCACACAGGAGCCAUCUCUGAUUCUGCUCCAGUGUGGACUCUCCCGACAUCAAUUCUGACUGUCCCAAAGGGUGAUAUGACACUCAAUGAUUUCUGCAAAUCGGAGACUGGCAAGCUGGGAAAACAUGGCUCCUCCAAGGGAAGCAUACCACUCUCUGGAGAUGUGACCAUGCCCAAGCCCACGAAGACCCAAGCUGGCCUUUCCCCUUUCCCCAGGAAACCCAGUUCCUCAAAGGACAGUGAGGACACCAGCAAAGAGCCCAGCCUCUCCACCCAGACGUUACCCUUGAUCAAGUACUCUGGGCAGACUUCGAGGCUUUCUGCCUCCCCCACCUCCCAGUCAGCUGGUGACCCCCUCCUGGCUGCUGUGAGCCUGUGAUGGGCCUGUCUCCACCAGCCCCUGCCCAGGCGCACCAGCAUUAGCUACCUCAUGGGAACCGGCCAACCGGCCAGCCUGAGCUCCCACCCCUCCACCUGGCCCCUCCUCAGAGUAUUUUUUGAAGUGGCUGAGUUGUAGAGGGCGUGUCUGGCGGACUGGAGGGGGGGUGGGGAGGGGAACAAGGUGAGGAAGGUUCACUGGCUGGCACCUCAUAUCUCAGUGGAGAAGCCAAUGAUGGCCACUCAGCCUUAUAAAGCAGGGUUUGGUUU